ACACGCGAGUACACACACACACACACACACACACACACACACACGAACGAGCGCGCGUCCUCACUGCCACUAGCCGCCGAGAGGUGCAGAGAUGGGAGCAACCCAUUCACUUUCAGUGCCCACACCUGUCUGAGCGCGCCUGUCCACCCGGGCGCACCAAGCUGGGUCGGGGCGCAGGGAUGCGAGGCACCGGAGCAGUGCUCAGCAUGGCCAUCAUUCCAAUACUCCUCCUCUUCCUUCUCUGUGCCAUCAAAGAGGUAAUCCCUUACAGUGUUCACUGGAAGCCUACUUGGCCGGCUUACCGAGUCCCCAUCAUCUUGCCCCAGUCCACCCACAAUUUAGACAAGCCAGAGUUUGUUGCUGAAGCCAAAUUGGAAGUGUCAUCUCCCUGCGGACCCCAGUGCCACAAGGUUUCACCUCUGCCAACAUAUGAAGAAGUCAAGCAAUACUUGUCUUAUGAAACACUGUACGCCAAUGGCAGCCUCACAGAGACAGAAGUUGGUAUCUAUGUCCAGCGAAGUGAGACAGAGUCCAGGGGCCGAUCUCGGAUGAAGAGACAGAUUUAUGGUUAUGACAGCAGAUUCAGCAUCUUUGGAAAGGAUUUCUUGCUGAACUAUCCAUUCUCAACUUCUGUGAAGCUGUCAACUGGCUGCACUGGCACCCUGGUAGCUGAGAAACAUGUCCUCACUGCUGCCCACUGCGUCCAUGAUGGCAAAACCUAUGUGAAGGGGGCCCAGAAACUUCGAGUGGGCUUCCUGAAGCCCAAAGUGAAAGACAGCAGUCGGGCCACCAAUACCUCCAGCUCAGCCAUCCCUGACAAGAUGAAAUUUCAGUGGAUUCGAGUUAAGCGCACCCAUGUACCCAAAGGUUGGAUCAAAGGCAAUGCUAACGACAUCGGGAUGGAUUAUGACUAUGCUCUUUUAGAGCUUAAAAAACCCCAUAAGAGAAAAUUCAUGAAGAUUGGAGUGAGCCCUCCUGCCAAGCACCUGCCUGGGGGCCGAAUCCACUUCUCUGGCUAUGACAAUGAUCGGCCAGGAAAUCUGGUGUAUCGCUUCUGUGAUGUCAAAGAUGAGACAUAUGACCUCCUCUACCAGCAGUGUGAUGCCCAGCCCGGGGCUAGUGGGUCAGGAGUGUAUGUGAGGAUGUGGAAAAGACAGCAGCAGAAAUGGGAGCGCAAAAUUAUUGGGAUCUUUUCAGGACACCAGUGGGUGGACAUGAAUGGCUCGCCACAGGAUUUCAAUGUGGCCGUUCGCAUCACCCCCCUAAAAUACGCACAGAUUUGCUAUUGGAUUAAAGGAAACUAUGUGGAUUGUAGGGAGGGGUGAGAAGAAUGUUUCUCCCCAGCAGCACUUAAAGGUCUUCAUUGUACUUAUUUUAGGAAAGGCCAGACUUUGUCAUUAGAAAGAAAGUGAGUGAGAGAGAGAAAGAGAGACACACAGAAAGAGCAAGAGCAAGAGAGCGAGAGAAGAAUGAGUGAGAGCAAGAGAGAGAGAGAGAGAGAGAGAGAGAAUGUAUGUUUGUAUGUGCAUGGAUGGGUGUGGCUGACUAUGUGAUAUCAGUGUGAUUAUCUAUGUAUAUGUCUGUAUAUGUACAUGUGUUUGCCUAGAGUGUGUAUUGUAGUGUUUCUUUUAAAUUCCUAAAAUUACAAAAUGGCUAUUUGAAAGAUAACUCAUGCAUCACAUCAUGUGAGCAAUUCAAAGACAUAUCUUUUGAUAGAAAUAAAGGCAUAGGGUUGGGGUUUUUUGUUGUUGUUCGUGUGUUAAUUUAAUCUUAAAAAUUUCCAAGGACUUUGGGUUUUAUCCAAUCAGGAUUUCAUUAGUUUAUAUUAAAUACAUAGCACAAAGGAGGUAUAAAUUCAUUCAAGGGUGUAAAUUUCCUACAUUAUGUCAUUGGAAACAUGUUAGGUCCAGUUCUUUAAUGAAACCAGCUCAUUCUCAGACUCCCUAAUGAGUUCAAGGACUAGAGGAAGAUGUGUGAUGGUAUAAUGAACUCGAAGCAUUCUUUUUUAUUAGUCCUUAAAAGAAUGAAAAAGCCAAAAAAAAUGUUUAUCUACAGUAUUAAUACAUACAUUUUAAUAUAAUUUAAUAAAAACUUGGAUCACAAAAUCAUAAAUUUAGAACUUAGAAGGGAUCUCAAGGGCCAUCUGAUUUUUUUCCAAAACCCCUCACUUUACAAGUGAGGAAACUGAGGCCCAAGAAAAUUAAGCAAUUUGACCAAAAUCAUACAAGUAAAUUCUUGACUUAGGCAAGACUUGAACUUAGGUCCUCUCUUAGACUUCUCUUUAGUUUAGACCUGGUUCCUUCCUAAAUACCAUACCAGUAUUAUAAAUGACAUUGCUCACCUUCCAGUUACCCCAGAGUAGGCAAAGGUGUAUUUGUAUCACUUUAUUCAGUUCUUGCCACUUCACUGGAUUUUAACUAGAAUAAUAGCAAUGGGCCUGACAUAUUUAGCCUAAACUACCAUUGGUUCCCAGUUGAUAGUCACUAGGCAAAGAAAGAAUUACUUAUUCUUUCCCUCUACAAUCCCCUCCUGCAACAAGAUAAUAAUCCAAAAUGUAUCACCUCUUUUGAUUAGAAUUAUUCAAAGUUAAUUAAAUGCCAAGAAAAAAAUGGGAAUGAUGCUAAACAAACUAUGGAACCAAAAUGAUGUAUUGUUUGAGUAAAUUGACUUACCAAACAAAAAUUAUCCUUCUUAGAGAAGUUUCUAUGCUUCUUAGGGAAUGUAUGAGUUUAACUUGUCUACUCAGUAUUCUUUGGUGACGUUUUUGGUGAAAACCUUUGCAUUAAGGAAGCACACACAACAGGACUUUUAAUCUAGCUCUAAAAGGGUCUCUAUUAUCAGGAUGCCCUGGGAUAUGAACCAUAUCACAUACAAUUUUUUUUGUUUUGUUUUCUUUUUUAAAUGAGGGAAUCCAAGGUGGAGCAGGUAAAUGAAUGACUAAUGCUUUAAAAUAUAAUUAAUCACUAUAUGUAAUUGAGAGACUUUGAUUUCUUGUUUUUUAUUUACAUUUUUUGACUCUCAGCUUCCACAGCUAUCACUUGAACAGUUCAUGAAUGUAUAGCAGUGAAGAAAGAAAAAUCUAAGGAGUUAAAUGCCAAUAGUCAUUCUAGUUGCCCCUCAGGGUAUCAUUCCAAUGUGUUUUAUUGUUACUUAUUUGUGAGCAUGUUCAAAUAUAUCACUGUUGUCACAGA